UCCUCCUGGUCAAUCGCAUUUCAAACCCUAACACACACAUCUCUGUCUCUCUCUCUCUCAUCUCUCUCGCCGCUAUGUCUUCUCGGCGACUUCUCGCCUCUCUCCUCCGCUCAUCUCUCUCCAAAUCCACCUCCAAGCCCUCCCUCUCCUCCACCCCCACCUCCCGCUUUACCACUCGCAGACUCUCCCCCGCCUCCACUCUCUUCCCACGCGCCGCUACCUACUCCACCGAAGCCGCCGCUCCCCCCGCCUCCUCCCCCACCGUCUCCGCCUCUCCCAAAUCCUCUCCCGGUGGCGGAAAGAUCACCGACGAGUUCACCGGCGCUGGCGCCAUCGGUCAGGUAUGCCAGGUCAUCGGAGCAGUCGUCGAUGUCCGAUUCGACGACGGAUUGCCGCCGAUUUUGACGGCGCUGGAGGUGAUGGACAACUCGAUCCGCUUGGUUCUCGAAGUUGCGCAGCAUUUGGGGGAGAAUAUGGUGAGGACGAUUGCUAUGGACGGUACGGAAGGUCUUGUCAGAGGUCAACGCGUGCUCAAUACCGGAUCUCCUAUUACCGUUCCUGUUGGGAGAGCUACUCUUGGUCGUAUUAUGAAUGUUAUCGGGGAACCGAUUGACCAUAGAGGCGAUAUCAAGACCGACCACUCCUUGCCUAUCCACAGAGAAGCCCCUGCUUUUGUUGAGCAAGCAACAGAACAACAAAUUCUUGUCACUGGUAUCAAGGUUGUUGAUCUGUUAGCACCAUACCAAAGAGGAGGAAAGAUUGGUUUGUUUGGUGGUGCUGGCGUGGGAAAGACCGUGCUUAUUAUGGAACUUAUUAACAACGUCGCAAAAGCUCAUGGUGGUUUCUCUGUGUUUGCUGGUGUUGGAGAGCGUACCAGAGAGGGCAACGACUUGUACAGAGAAAUGAUUGAAAGUGGUGUCAUCAAGCUAGGAGAGAAGCAGAGUGAGAGCAAAUGUGCUCUUGUCUACGGUCAAAUGAAUGAGCCCCCAGGUGCUCGUGCUCGUGUUGGUCUUACUGGUUUGACUGUUGCUGAACACUUCAGAGAUGCUGAAGGUCAAGAUGUGCUUUUGUUUAUUGACAACAUUUUCCGUUUCACUCAGGCUAAUUCUGAAGUGUCUGCUUUGCUUGGUCGUAUCCCAUCUGCUGUCGGUUAUCAACCAACUUUGGCCACUGAUCUUGGAGGUCUUCAGGAGCGUAUUACUACAACUAAGAAAGGUUCCAUUACUUCUGUCCAAGCUAUAUAUGUGCCUGCUGAUGAUUUGACAGAUCCUGCUCCUGCAACAACAUUUGCUCACUUGGAUGCCACAACUGUCUUGUCCCGUCAGAUCUCUGAGCUGGGUAUCUAUCCAGCUGUUGACCCCCUUGACUCUACAUCUCGCAUGCUCUCACCUCAUAUUUUGGGAGAGGAACAUUACAAUACUGCUCGUGGAGUACAGAAGGUUCUUCAGAACUACAAGAAUCUGCAGGAUAUUAUUGCCAUUCUGGGAAUGGAUGAGCUUAGUGAAGAUGACAAGUUGACUGUUGCUCGUGCUCGUAAAAUUCAAAGGUUUUUGAGUCAGCCCUUCCAUGUUGCAGAAGUCUUCACUGGUGCCCCGGGCAAAUAUGUGGAGUUGAAAGAAAGCAUUACCAGCUUCCAGGGAGUUUUGGACGGGAAGUUCGAUGAUCUAUCAGAACAAUCUUUCUAUAUGGUUGGAGGUAUUGAAGAAGUUAUGGCCAAGGCAGAGAAGAUAGCCCAGGAAAAUGCUGCCUCUGCUUCUUAGACAAAUGACACCUGACUUCUUUUAUAUCUAGAUAAUUGCGAAAAUAAUAUUUUGCUGAAUGUUGGCUAUGCAAGUGCCUGGAGUUUAAUUUUUUUUUUCGAAAACCAACUGUGUUGGGAUUUUGCUUUGUGUCUUUUGUCCUUUUACAAGAUUGUACCUGAGCACUAGAGAGCAACAGAGUUGAAUACCACCCAUAGGAAAGCCCCUUUAUGUUUCAUUGUUUCACAAUAAGGGAAUGAUGGUGGACCUGUAUAUUUUCAUCCAAGUGUUACUUUCUCCAUAUUGAACACCUAUUUAUGAAAUCUCUUGUUGAAAUUCAA